GUUAUUUUCCUAUUUUACCACUGUAGCUGACUUCUUUCUGGCUUGUUGCAGAUGCUUUCCCAUAAAUUGUCCUCGCCUUGCCUAGCAAGUAUCAUGCAACAACGAGCUGCGAGCCCAGCAGAAUCUAGUGUUGGCAGCCCUGGCCACAGCAUCCAUAAUGGCAAGGACGGCUACGAGAACGAAAAUAAUCACGAGUCUGUCUCCCGUACCCUAUCUCCUCAGGGUAUGAUUAAGCAUCUACAGAGCGAGCUAGAAGAUUCCCAUAUUCGUAUUGCACGCGACACAGGGGUUAUCAACAAUCUGCAUGAAAAGGUCACUGAGCUAGAAGAAUUGGUUCAAAAGCAAAAGAUCACAAUCAGUAAUCAGAGCAGGGCCAUCUCGGAUCGCAGGUCCCUGAGAAAGCAGUCGCCCAUGGCAGCAGUGUUCCCUAUGACUCCUCAUUACCAUCAUCCAGUGCAGCAUCUGCUAUCCUGCCACCAACCGUUAGGCCACGCCACCGGUCAUAGUCCCAGUCCCAGUAUGGUGCCUUCGCCGUUCCAUAGUCCUCAAUCUAAUAGGUCAUUCAACUCCAACAUCUUCGAGCAACCGCCUCCAAAGUUCGAACUCCCCUUGGGCGGAUCGUUCCCUGCUUACACGCCAAUUCUGCGAGAUCCCCUGGGAUUGGCAAAUGUUAACAGAGAUGUAUUCAUUCCUUUGUCUGCCGCACCUGCGCAUGAUUCUACUGAUUUCCGCGGGGCAAUGGCGGACUUCUCAACCCGUUUCCAAGAACUGAUGCGGAAAUCGGAGGUCUUUGGCCAGACACAUGCAAACUUUCCUAAUAUUUUUCGAGACAGUCAUUUAGAGGAUCGAGUGAAGGAAUACCUCAUGGCUAUUUCUAAUCGUGCGCAGGCAUCCGUUCUUCUUGGAAAUGUGACCACUCGGUGCUGUCUAAUCACCAAGGCAGUUAACUUCUACCUCGUAGAAGAGGUUCUCAGGAUCACCGUUGUUAGAGGGUUCGAUACUUCUACGGAUCUGGAAAUCGGACAGAUUCAAAGACAGAUGACCCCGGAUACACCACUCACCGUUCGCCAUCUCAUGAUAAUGGCAAUGACAACUCACCUGGGCAGCUUGACAAAGAAACCCGGAUUCGCAGAUUUUUGUCAUCAGAAGACCCAGAGCCAUGUAGCGAAGUUAUGGCAGUACAUCAGGCCUCUUAGUCACAAUCCUGCAAAGCAAAAUAGCCAGGCUGUGAUAGAUUUGACUGCCAUCAUGUCUGAAGCACAAUCACUCGCAUUAGACAUGCACAUGGUGCCUUUGGAGUACAAAUUCGAUUUCCCAGAACCCGGUGAACACUUUGACCCAUUGACAAUGAUUAAUCGCGAUUCUUUCAUCGUUGGUGAUCCACAAACCCUGAAAAGUAACGAGACCCGUGUGGGGUUGGGUAUUACACCCGUCGUCAGGAUCCGUAACAACUCCGAGUCACCUGGGGAUAUCAAGCUGAUCUACUUGGGGAAUGUGCUACUCAAAUUGCCCCGUAAACAUACGGCUUGAAUAUGGUAUCAAGGUUCGAAAGAAGGCAGGAAUACCAGGGCAUAGAGCCACAAUAGAGUUUAAACAUGAGAGAUCUCUGGGGAAGGAAGUUGCUAUGUCUGGUUUUUGAUCAUGAUGGAACUCGGAUAUUGAUUUUCACCUUUCAUCUCUGGUAACUAGGUUUGUGCCUUAUGUCUUUGUCAUCCAUCAUCUGAUGCUGUUACUGAGAAGUUGUGU